CCUCGCGCCGUCUCAUUCCGUGAGAAGAAGUACAUCCACCUCGAGACGGGCAGAGGAACAACAAGAUGGCGGAGUGAAUGAGUUGCGCUUUGGGACGAAAGCAGCGACUCUGACUAUUCACAGGACGCCGGCGGGAAAGUAAAGUCGACACUACUCAAACGGACGACACAGAAGCCAUUAAUCGUGAAAAUAACAUCGCCCUUCGCGCUGAGGCGUUUUGAAGAGGAACGGCGUAAUCAAGAGGGCUUGUGGACUGCCGUUGGUGUCCUGUCGCUAGCUAGCUGGCUUGCUAGCUGCCAUAAAGCCUGGACUAGAAGGCUUGGUGAAAGGGAUUGAGAUAUAGCUAGAGAGCUCGAGGAAUUACCUUGCGAAUCCUCACUUCAUAGCAGUGCUUAUUUACACAAAUUUAAACUUCGGUUUAAAUUCGUGCCCACUUCGUUUUCAAUAUUGGCUACCAAUCUACCGAUACAUAGCUAGUGUGCUAGCAACAUUGUUUCUCGUACGUGGUCGCUGACGACUACACCGGGGCUCUUUAUGUUCUGUUAACGAAGACACCGAAUAGGGCAGCGCCGGAUCGAUCCCAGUGUAUCUUUUUGAAACCAUCGAGUGUUGGCUCGUUAUUUUGAGGGCAUGGCAAGCAGUAGCGGCUCCAAAGCCGAAUUCAUAGUCGGUGGGAAAUAUAAACUCGUAAGAAAAAUUGGAUCCGGAUCUUUUGGUGACAUUUAUCUGGCAAUCAAUAUCACGAAUGGAGAGGAGGUUGCAGUAAAAUUGGAAUCCCAGAAAGCCAGACACCCACAGCUAUUAUAUGAAAGCAAAUUGUACAAAAUCUUACAGGGAGGAGUGGGAAUCCCACACAUAAGGUGGUACGGCCAGGAAAAGGACUACAAUGUCCUAGUGAUGGAUCUGCUGGGCCCCAGCCUGGAGGACCUGUUUAACUUCUGCUCGCGCAGGUUUACAAUGAAAACCGUACUAAUGCUCGCAGACCAGAUGAUCAGCAGAAUCGAGUAUGUGCACACAAAGAAUUUCAUCCACAGAGACAUCAAGCCCGACAACUUUUUAAUGGGUAUUGGCCGUCAUUGUAAUAAGUGUUUAGAAUCUCCAGUGGGGAAGAGGAAAAGAAGCUUGGCUGUUAGUUCUUCUCAGGACCCAUCUUUCUCAGGAUUAAACCAGUUGUUCCUCAUCGACUUCGGCCUGGCUAAAAAGUACCGGGACAACAGGACACGGCAGCACAUACCCUACAGAGAAGACAAGAACCUCACGGGCACGGCGCGCUACGCCAGCAUCAACGCACACCUGGGCAUCGAGCAGAGUCGCCGGGAUGACAUGGAGUCGCUGGGAUACGUGCUGAUGUACUUCAACAGGACCAGCCUGCCCUGGCAGGGGCUAAAGGCGGCCACAAAGAAACAGAAGUAUGAGAAGAUAAGCGAGAAAAAGAUGUCCACUCCAGUCGAGGUUUUGUGUAAGGGUUUCCCAGCAGAGUUCGCCAUGUACCUGAACUACUGCCGCGGGCUGCGGUUCGAGGAGGCCCCCGACUACAUGUACCUGCGACAGCUGUUCCGCAUUCUCUUCAGGACCCUGAACCACCAGUACGACUACACGUUCGACUGGACCAUGCUGAAGCAGAAAGCCGCCCAGCAGGCCGCCUCCUCGGGCGGGCAGGGCCAGCAGGCACAAACCCCCACAGGCAAGCAAACUGACAAACCCAAGAGUAACAUGAAAGGUUUCUAAGCAUUAAGACAAUGUAAUGAAGCAGAGCAGAAUGGUCGUAGCAGGAUUUGCCUUCCAAUCACACCCCGGCAUCUAGGAUCAAAUUCACCAGAACCUGCCAGGCAUUGUGGGCAACCAUUUUUUGCUGUUAAAAAGAACUUUUGUUUCAUAUACUAUAUAUGUAAUCAGUAUAUAUAGAUAAAAUGCGCAGCAUCUAUCUAUAUAUUGGUAUGUAUAUACUAUAUACACAGAAAGCAGGCUAGAUAUGGAGCUUUGAAGCUGUAGCCUUUUCUAUUGUCCUGUUCCUGAAGACUUUUCUUUUUUGUGUUUCUUCAAAACUGAAAACUAUAUAAAAUGGUUUGCUCACAAGAGGGUAUAAUUGUGCAAAUGCCAAUAUUUUUUUUUUCUCCCAGAGUUCCCUCUUCUCCAGUAAAAAAAGUGCUUGGGUUCACCCCCGACCCCUGUCACUCACCAGAAAAGCUUUGCCCCCCCACCCCCACCCCCCACCCUUUUCCCCGUGCGUUCUUUGCGUGACAUGAACUCUUGACACGUAUUGGUCCUCGCGCUCACAGCGUGUGGCGUGGCGUCCAGCGUGUCAGCCCUUAUACGGUCACCGCACGUGUGCGUGUGCGCGCGUGCGUGCGCGUGCCGUCAUCUCCCACGCGCGCCGGCUCGAACGGUCGCGGUGGCGUGAGGCGUGACCUCCGACACGUAUCGGCCGUUGCCGUUGGAUGUAAAACAUUUGAAAUGCACAUUUUCUUUUUUUCUUUUUUUUUUCUUCCCCCCCCCCAUCCUACUUUUUUCCUCAUUCUCAAGCAAAAUGAAAAGAUGUAAAACUGUUCACCAUCAUUAUGAAUGAAUCUUUGAAUCCUGGAUAUUACUAAGCAAAAACAUUGGGUUUCUUUUUUCCAUAAAGGUAAUUAAGACUGCCUGCUGAUAUGUGCUAGAAGAGCUUCUAAUGUGAAGAUUAAAAAAAAUAAAUUCUAGUGACUACUAGGUUUCUCUUUAGAACGCUGCAUUAACUAUAUUGUACUUGGUAUACUGAAGUCUAAAAAAAAAAAAAAAAGAUAUAUAAACUCCACAAAAGCAUAUUCAUUACAGAUUAGGCAUCACUUGACUAAACCUGUAUGUAAAUUGCUUAGAUAAAUUGUAUGCAUCCAUGAUCUGUUUUUUUUUUUUUUUUCUUUCCUCCCCAUUUGAAAAAUGUUAACAUGUUUAUAUGGCGAAAAGUAAACAUUUGUCAGAUUCAUUUUUAUUGCUAUGCUGGCCUCAAUGUUCCGUUCUGAGACAGAAGAAAAUUGUACUUACUCCACCUCACCCCAACCAACCCACCCUUCCUGUCAUCAUUUUUAUAUUCAUAUAUACAUUUUUUUUUUUUAUCAGUAAGAAUUAACUUUUUUUUUUCCACCUUCAGUUCUAUAGUUUGACUGUCCCUCUUUUAAAUUGAUCACUUUUUGGGGAAAGGGUGUUUUUGUUGCUUCUUCCUGCGGUGAAGCAAAUCUUGUAUAAAAAAAAAAAAAAAAAAAGAAUAUCUCUGGGACUUUCUCUCUGCGACUGAGAAUUUUGCUGCUCUUCAGUGGCGCGACCUUUUCCUCCUUUUCGUUCCUUUUUUUAUUGCGAAGAGAGUGUGUUGGAGGGUUUUUUUUUUCUAUAUACUUUUGAGUCUUGUGAAGAAAAAAAGCAAGAUCGAUCUGAAUUAAUCUCAGCCUUUAGCCACAACCGAUGCGCACCAGUAAUUUGUUAGCUGGCUGAUUUCUUCUUUUUUUUUUCUCCUCCCCCCGCCCCCUCCUCUUUCUCCCUAUUUCCCCUCUGACCCAGCUCAAGGUAUUUUAGUGCUGGACAUUCUAUAAAAGUGUAAGUUAUUCCCUUUUAGCAUGUCAGAAUAAAUUAAAAUGACUUGUCAGAACCACUGUCCCGGUCUCUAUAAUUUGAAAAGAAUAAUACACCAACUUCUGCCUUAGGCCAAGAUUGUCCAAUUCGUAAAUUUUUUCUGUUCAAACUUUCCAUUCAUUCCUGUCUUUACUGUAUUACACGUUCGUGUUUAAAAAUUACCACACAACCCUUGCAUUGUAAGCGUUUUCUUUAAACGUGUAAUGGGGAAUGGGAGUCUUAAAACGGAAAGAAAUGAAAUCAUUUAAUUGAAAAAAAUAUAAAUAUAUAUAUAUCCAUUUCAAAAGAAAUGUCCUCUGUGGAUUUGAAUUGAAUUUUGGCAAAAGGGGUGAAUUUGUGGACAUGGUGCAAAGGUGUUGCUGUUAUCUAGAGAAGCAGUUCCUGUAGAAUGAUUUAUUGUGGGGGGUGGCGGGUAGCUAUAGGUGCUUGUGGUGGUGUUUUACCAAUAUCCAGGAUUUAUAUCUGUAAAUAUUAAAAAUGGCUUUAAAUUGCA